GUUGCUGUUGUGCUAUAUGGCGAAAAUAAUUCAUCUUAUCCUGUUGAGCUGUUUACCAAAAAUCGUGACUUGUUUCAACGAAAUUCAAGAGAUGUUUUUGUUGUCAGGUGAGUUCAUAUAAAGAUUUUAAGAUUGCAAUUCCUUCUGUUGUGUUUCAUGUAUAUAUAUAUAUAUAUAUAUAUAUAUAUAUAUAUAUAUAUAUAUAUAUAUAUAUAUAUAUAUAUAUAUAUAUAUAUAUAUAUAUAUAUAUAUAUAUAUAUAUAUAUAUAUAUAUAUAUAUAUAUAUAUAUAUAUAUAUAUAUAUGCUUUUGUUUGUCUAAUUUUCGUAAUUAUUUGUCUUCAAACAAAGCAAGUUAUUACCGAAAUUGAAUAAUUGAAAUAUUACUAACUAAAUGGUUCUUAAACCCUUCAAUCACUGUCCCCUAGCUUUCCUAAAACACUAAUUAUAAUUUCGUUCUUUUUUGUUUUCUAUUGUUUGACUUUGCAUUUGUAGUAAUAGCAAAACUUAAUAGAAAACAAAGUUAUCAGAUCUAUCUGAAAUUAUCAACAGAGAAUGGCACUUCUGCAUAUGAAAAUGGCACUGAACAUCGUUAUUCAUUGUCUCCUGGUGAACAUUCAUUCAGUCCAUUCAAUCUUGUUUGCUUUGGCUUUUCUUUACAUAUUUUACUGAAAGUUUAAACUAAGUUAAAGUUAAAGUUAAUGGUAAAAUUUUAGCUUGUAAAACCUUUUCCAGUGUGCGCGAGAAUUUGGGAUUGUUAAACUCUAUUCAUCUCUGGCAUGACAACAGUGGCAGCUCACCAUCUUGGUUUGUUGAUAAACUCGUUAUCAAAGACUUAAAUACCAACAGGAAGUGGUAAGAAUACUUUCAUACUAUAGACAUUUUUGGAUUACUGGAUGUAUGUAUAUGGAGAAUAGGUACAAACAGCUAUCACAACUAUUCGCCAGAUUUAUACUUGGAAAGGAUCAUCCGUCAAAACGCACGAUCAGAAAUUGCGGCUACAAAUGGAUAUCUAAUUUGCUAUAGGUCAUCUUGACUGAGCUUGCGUAGAUUGUACUUGCAGACGUGUACUGCAUAUUAAAUUAAGGGCCUGUUUACAUGGAGGUAGGGUGACCCUAUCAGGAGGGUUACCCUAGCAAGCGGGUCACCCUAGUCUAAUGUGUUUAGGAGGCAAGCUACUAAAUUAUUUCAAGAUAUAGUCGGCACGUUUUUGAUUGAUUGGUAGAAUUAUAGCAAAAAAUCCAAUAUUAUAGGUGACUAAAGCAUAAUUCUUAAACUUACAAUUUGAGCCUUGUUGUGUUACAAUGUCAAAGUAAAGCAAAACGAAAAGCGCACGAAAAUUCCUGCCUAAGCCUAGGAUGCCAUUGAAUAAUUGCUCAGCGACAUGGCCAUUUGUCCGUGCAAUUUCUGGUCGUGCAGCAUUCCCCCAUGAACACAAGACCAUGCAUGUAUCAAGGCGCAAGAUCUUGCGUGCGUGGGAUGUCAUUGCAUGACGGUAGAUCCAUGUGUUUAUUACGAGGUGAAUAUUGUGCAUGUCCUCUGAACUGUUACUAGUAUAUGAACUGCUUGCUCAACUGCUUGCUCAACUGCUUGCUAAACUGCUUGCUCAACUGUUUGCAUUCGUGUUAGUGUGUCCGGUUAUAAGUUAUGAUUCAAUAUUUUGUUCUGUAUUUAUGACAGGAUAUUCAGAUGUGCCAGAUGGUUGGCCGUUGAUAAAAACGAUGGAAUGGUAGGUUUGUUAAUUUCCUCCGACACGGAAACUAGACAGCGAAAUAUUAUAAAGUAGACACAAUAUUACGCAUGCAUAAAUUCACGUUAUCCCACACAAUAAAGACCUAAACGUAUAAGUUAGCCCACUACAAACCAAUGAUUCUAACUUACGACCAUCAUCUCACCACGCAUCCAAGAGAGAAUGGGGACUAGCAGAAGGAAUAUUCGUUUCCACAAACUUGGCAGAUCGAUUUUUAGACCAUUAGAUUACUAAGCCCAUUUUCCACAAGGCGAAUUUGAGCGAAACGAAAAACAAAUCUUGGCAAUGUGAUUGGUCAGCGAAAAAAUUCGCCGCAAAAAAGUUGGAUCAGUUCCUACUUUUUCACUGUUUGCGCGAACCAAUUCGCCUAGUGGGAAAUGCAUGGGCUUUACAAAGGAAAUCGGUUCGGAUAAUUGUAUUUUUUAUAAUUGUAUUUUUAAUUUUUUCCCAGUAAAUGACAAUGAUUAUUAUUAUACACAGGGUGUUAGCCAGAAGUAAAAAAAAAAUCCGCGUUUACCUGAAAUUGGGAAAUUUAUUUUAGCCUGAAGCCGGGCAUUUCUUUGUGGGUCUGGGGGCGUGCGGUUGCGCCCCCUCUCGAUUUUUAAAAUUUUUGUGUCUUUGAAAUGGCAUUUCCCGCAUUUUGGGAGUAAUUUUGAGCAAAUGUAGUUAUAAACAUGUUUUUAAUGGCGUAUUAACAACAUUGAAUUUCUAUAACUAUUUUUUGGCUGACCCAAAUUGGGAAAUUGCGACCUCAAGGUAAUUGGGAAAACCGCGUUUAACGCGGAAUUUUUUACUGUAGCUAACACCCUGAUACAACAUUUACGCUGGCAUAUGAAACUCGAACCAAUUUUUAGGCUCAGUACAGUAUUCACACAGUGUCAUUUCAAUCGUUAAAUUGUGAGUACCUAACUUCAUUUAACAAUGUUGUCGUUUUUAUAGCUCGACUGCAAGAUAAAACCGUUUGAUUUUAAGCGCAACUUCACCUUUAAGGUUUGCCAAUCUUAAUCUGCUAAAGAUUCGUCACUGUUGCAAUAAAUAAAUAAUGCAUGUAUUUCUUAUAUUGAUAAGAUAUACAUAUUCACGAAACUGUAUGCAUGGUCAAUUGGUCUUGAUACACCGGCAACCAUAAACGAAACGAAACUAAAGGCUUGUUUACACUAUCGAAAUUUGCUCACAAUAUAGGAAUUUUGCAUAGGUAAAUUUUGGAGGAUUUGUAAGAAAUGUUUGAGGUAACCACCGAUUCAGUGUUCAACAGUUCCAUCAAACAAUUCUUACAAAUCCUUCAAAACUUAGAAUUUAUCUGUGCAAAAUUCCCAGUGUAACCACAGAAGUUAGUGUAAACCAGCCUUGGCUUAAGCUUAUCUAUAUAGGCAGUACAGAAUUGUAUCAUUUCUGAAGUCUGACCUGUUUCCAUUAAUUGGAGAAGUCCUUAACAGUUCUUGAGCCGGUUUUCCACUAUAGGCGGAAUUUUUCUUUGUCUUCUCUAAUUAGUUCCACCCGAGAAAUCACAAGACAAAGAAAAAUUCCGCUCUGCGCGCAAAAUUCCGCCUAGUGGAAGUUUCCGUCGAGCCAGAGCCUUCUUAUAUUUGCAUAAUUGCAACUGCAGGAGGAAGCUGGCCAAAACCUCAGGUAUUUUAUAUAAUCAAACUAGAAGCAUACUGUAUAUUUCAAAUGAGACUAAGGCGGCGAUAUUUGAAUCAGACAACUGCAUAUUGCAAUAAUAAUCGGACCUGAUCACAAAUGUAAAAAUACUCGACCAUCCGUACUAGUUUAUACCGUGUGCACGACUGGACCCAUGCAUGCAUGACUAAUUUUUUUAUCAAUGUUUAGGAGUUUCAAUUGGCACUUGGGGAAAAACUAAUGGAUUUUCAUAUAUGGCUAUCACUUAUAAGAAUGCCGACGUAUAGUUUAUUUACAAGAGCUGAGGUACGAUGUCCAACCUGACUUUUUCUUAGUCUCUAGCCAGAGUUUUCCACUGAACCAUGGUGCAAUAGAUCACGAUUUUUAGCUAUAUAUCUUACUGCUUACGCCAAUGGCUCAAGGUGUACUCAACUGUUCUAUAACGAUACUGUAUAGGUAAAAGGUAAAAUCAUGGAGUUUCAGCAUAAUCUUCUUUGCACCAAACUAUAUUAAUCCUGAGAAAAUCCAUGCAUUGUAGCUCCUGACCUUUAUUUAUUCUUUGUUUUUCCUAUAGCGUCUGACAUGCUGUAUAUUAUUGUUGUUUGCAUAUCUAUUUUUCAAUGCGUAUUUUUGUCACAAUUAUACGGAAUAUGUCGUAAGUAUUUUAGAUGCGCUUUAGUCAUCCAGUUAAUCCUCUAUAUUACUCCCUAUGAAUUUGCUGCGUUUCCUACUUAUACUGCGUUGUGGCAAAGCCCGCCCUCUCACAUAACACCCCUUCCCCGUGAAAUGAAUAAGCCUCCCCCGCGUGCGAGGGCUUUAUUGAGGAUGUUCCAUAUUUGAAACAUUCGAGAUCAACGUCGUCGGCACUUUACGUCUGCCCAAACGUUCUGGCGUUUAUAAUGUUCAAGAUGGUCUAUUUAAUGUGUCUGAACCAUAGGUCUGAACAGAAACUUGAAAUCAAACCCAAAAUUAUAUUUGUAUACUUUGUGUUAUUUUCCUUUAGCUUGAAGAAAUUUUUUCCCUUGUUGGUAUAGCAUAAACUCGCUUCUUAGUUUAACCUCUGUGGUUUAAGUUUCAAAAUAACUUUAAAACCUAUAUGCAUGGCAGUAUUUGAUGACAAAAAAAUUCGCUGCAGGCCUCACAUGAAAGAACUUUUAAAGUUAUAUAUUAUUAACCCCACCGAAUUUUUCUUCUUGCUUAAUUCUUGAAAUAUUUUGACUCUUCGAUCUUGACAUCUUGGAUUAGUUUUUGACCUCAUAAAUGGUGGUUUUGGUGACGUCAAAGCUGGGUUAGCCCAAUGACGUGACUGAUGUCUAUCUGGAGCGAGAAGUCAUUCGGCCUAUGAGGAAAGUGAAGCCAAGAUGGCAGAAGGCUAAUUUACCCAUGCCAUAUAUGAUCAGUGUAGGUCGUAACGUUGUAACAUGCAUAUCCACAACUACACAAUUUUUUAAUUGAAUUGAAUUGAAUUCUGAAUUUUUGAAUUUAUUAGAUUUGUCACACAAAUCACACAAUCACAGAUAAUUAUUUACAGAGGUCAAAAAAAGUAUUAAUUUACAAAAGGGUAAUAAUAACAGUUUACAAGAGUAGGUAUUUAUGUGACGAGGAGGUUUGAUGAGAAACAACUUGGCUAAUUAUGUGUAACAAACCUCCUCUUAUGUUGAAUUUAUCUCAAUGAUAAUUAUAUGAACAAAAUUGGUUUUAUUAAUUAACUAUAAUAUAAGACGAGCAGGGAUGCUUUUUCAUUUUUUUGGUAAAUGACGAAUAUGAUACACUAUUUAUUAUAUUAUUAUUUAGAUUGUUAUAAAGAAGUGGACCUUGAUAUUUAAUUGCAGAAAAUUGCCGUAGAUUUGUUCUUGAAUCUUGGAGUUGCAAUGUAAAAUUCAUUAGCUCUCCUAGUAUUAUAAUUAUGUACUUGCCGUUUUAAAAGAAAUAGGUUUUCAAAAUGGUCUGGUAAGAGAUUGUUCAUGUACAAGAACAUAAAUUGGCCAGUUUGUAAUUUACAGAGGUCGUGAAAUUUUAGUAAUCUUAGAUUUUUAAAGAUCAAAUUGGUAUGAGAAUCGAAACUACUAUUAUUUAAAAUUCUGACAAUACAUUUUUGAAGAAUUACCAAACGAGUUAAUUGAUGCAUACGUAUAGAUGGCCACACUAUAUUGCAAUAUUGCAAAUAGGGAUACACCAUCGAGUAGUAAAGAGUUAACAGUGAUUGUUUUAACAGAAAAAAAGCUAGAUUUGCGUAUUAUUCCUAUCGAUUGGAAAUCUUAUUUGACACAUGAUUAAUGUGAGAUUUCCAAGUGAGAUGCUCAUCUAGAAUGACACCUAAGAAAACAAUUUCAUUUGUUUGAAUGAGUUCUCUGUUAUUAAGUACUAUUUUAAAGUUUGUUGGUUGAUUUUUUUGUCUAGGUUUGAAUAUCAUAAAUUUUGUUUUAUCAAGAUUUAAAGACAAUUUGUUCGCUCUGAGCCAAAUCGAAAAUUUUUGUAGCUCUCCGUUUGUCACAUUAACCAAGUGCACUGGGUUUAUAUGCGAAAAGAACAAGUUCGUAUCGUCAGUAAAAAGGAUUAGUUUUGCAACAUCAGAAACAUUACAUAUGUCGUUGAUAUAUAUCAAAAACAUCAGUGGCCCUAAAAUGGAUCCCUUUGGAACUCCACAGGUUAUAGAUUUAAAGGCAGAGCAUGAGUUAUUAAACUGAACAUAUUGUUUUCGGUCAGAAAAGUAACUUUUUAUCCAGCUCAUUGCUAUGCCACGUACACCAUAAUAUUCCAAUUUCUCAAAAAGAAUAUCAUGGUCCACCGUGUCAAAAGCUUUGGAUAGGUCCAGGAAAAUUCCAACAGCAUAUUCCUUUUUGUCGAUUGCUUCUGAGAUUCUAUCAUAUAAAUCAACAAGGGCUAAUGAAGUUGAGUGACCCUUUCUAAAACCGUAUUGAUUUACACAUAAAAUAUUGUGUAUUCAAAUAGCUAGAUAAUCGUUUCUAAGAUACUUUUUCCAAAAUUUUUGAGAAAGCAGGUAAUAUGGAAAUAGGUCUAUAAUUAUUGACAAAUAGUUUAUUCUCUGCCUUGUAUAAAGGAAUAACACUCGCUAUUUUAAGCUUACUUAAUUACUUAUGCUAGUAUUUAAGGUCGGGUAUUUCAAGAACCAAUCCCAAGCAUGAUUUGAAACAGCUGAAAAAAUGUUUUCCACAUAAUUUUAAAAGUUCUUUCAUCAAAAAAGACAAACUGAUUUUAUAUCGCCGUAUUCCUGCAGGAACUCACAGCAAUCUAACUUGUUUUAUAACUCGUAAUAGAUAAUGGAUUGUGUGUCCGUGUUCAACCCGACCUACUUGCAGUUCAAAGUUGGUGUCUUCACAACCCUGUCUUGUCUUCCUAUUUAUCUUCUUUUCUCCGUUAUGUUUCGAUACACGAAAUCAUUUAUCUGGUUACAGGUAAUAAACUAAACUUAUUUAUACUAGAUACUGUAUCUCUCUUUUUUCUGCCUACUAUUACUCGUGUUAUUACUAUUGCACGAUCGGAAAUUGCCGCCUAAGCCAAGUCCAGGUGGGCAUGCGUAAAAUACUGAGCAUGCGUAGAUUGCAUAUGCUGACAUGUACUGAAUAUAAAUAUGGCGAGCUACUGAGAUAAUAGACCUUUUUAAAAAGUCUGUCUUGUGACGUUGUUUUGCGGAUAAAGGAAAACCCCGCACAGCCAUUUGGCUUGCCUGGUUGGCCAAAUGAUCGUAUUUAUCCGCAAACUACGUCACAAGGCAGACUUUUUAAAAAGGUCUAUUAUAGUCGGUAAAAGUUUUUGAUUUUUUGUAAACAGUAAAAGAAAAGAAGAGGCUAAUUGUCUAAAAACCGUAUUCCGAGCAUAAUUCAAACCUAACUAAGUACUGUAUUUAUUGGAUACCUUGAACAGGUCUACCUAGAAAUCCUGAGAGAGCGUCAUCCCUUAUUCGUUUGUAGAUUUUUGCGCACAUUCCAAGCUGGGACCCAUUAAGAUUGUAUAUUUAUUUUUAUUUACAUCUGUUCUAGCCGGCAAAGAAUGCUAAAGUUGUACCGUGUACUACAGAUUCAGAAAUAAAGUCAAGUAAGUUAAAUGCAAAGUUUAAUAUAGCUACACCUAAAAUUAAAAAUCCGAAGUUAGUAUAUAGGUUCCUCCAUAAGGAGAUGCAAAACUGCAAUUUUCUUUUUCCUCGCCAUUUUGAGUACAUGAAGUAAUAAUAUUUUAAAUCCAAAAAUGAGGACUGGACCAUAUUUCAAGCCUGAGCAGUUUGUUCCAGCCGAGAGAGCGAACACGAAGACUGGAGCUAACUGGUGCGAAUCCUAUUUCCCAGUCAACUCCAAUUCCUACCCCUUCAGGACGUAUUUUAAAAUUAGGAUAUCUUAUUCACAAUUUGUAACUAGUCACCUGGAAAAAGACUGGGGAAAGUGGUGCGUCAUCGGAUUGUUACUGCAAACAAAGUACCAAAUAAUUAAAUAAAAUAACUACUGUAAUGAUCCCAUAAUGCAAAUUCAAGUAGUUGAUUGUAACUACUCAGGCAGGUUUAAAGCAAAUUUAUAUAUAACAAGAUAUAAAUUCAAGUUAAUGGGACAACAAGUUUUUCACCUAAUUCAACACUGAUUAAUAUAAUCUCAUAGUAACAGGAUAAGCUUGUCAACAGCCACAAAAAGGCGAUAUCCAAUAGUCCAAAGUUCAAAUGUUUUCGUGGGCACUUGUAAACCGAAUGAAAGAUCAACUGACCAAUCUUAUGUCAACAACGAACACGCAGAACAAAGGUCAAUGUGAUAAGGGAGUUCACUUUGACAAAUAUCCCAACAAAGAGCAAUGUCUUGUUACCGAGAAAUGUUCCUGGUAUCUCGUGCAUUGUAUGGGUACUAACUAAUGUUAUGCAAGGACUAUUCAAGAACAAUUUGUAAAGAAAGAUUAUCGAACAAUUUUCUCAUGAAAAUUAAUAUCGCUAUGUAAAUACUUAAAUUGGUUUAUGUUGAAACAAAUAAAUUUUGGUUCGGGGUUGAAGUGUUCCCAAUGGUCAACUUCAGGCUCAUAGACUUAGAUAUGAUAAAACGCGAGUUCGAGUGUUUUGAAUAGCUUAAAAUACGACAACAAAAGAAUACUAAUUAGGAUGAACAAUUAUAUAAUCAUACUAAUUGGGAUGAACAAUUAUAUAAAGAAUACUAAUGAAGAUGACUUUUAUCAGAUAUAAAGUCACUGCACGUGACAUGUUAUGGCUGACAUGAUUUGCUACAAGGUUUAUCCGUUUAUGAAUUUUUAAUGAGUAUUUUAAGUAAAUAUAAUCAGUCGAAUCGUAUAGGUACUGUCCAAUGGGAUUAUCACCCCUUGGUUCAGGUCUAUGUCAGAAGGGGUCGCUACCAGUCUGGCAGGGUCCUAUCGGGGAUUAUCACCCCUAGGGCAUUCAGUCUCUCCUAGCAGGUCUUAUAUCUACCCCUGCGGGAUGAAAACAUAAGGCUUAAUGAGUCUUUGGGUUGACCAGAGUUUGAGAGUAUAAUUGAUAUAAUUGGUUCACUUCACCCUGAACCCAUUCUCCCACAAUGAUUUGGUGUGUGUUUUACUUAUUUUCGGGCUGUUCUUUCACCUAACGUGCUUGAAUCAUUAAUGCUGCCUAUAUACAUGCAGUGGAACCAUUCGAGAUAUCAUCCCAUAAUGCAUCACUGCCCACCAAAGUUGCAAAUAUCGGACAAAUUGCAUUCUAUAAAUAUAGGACAAAUUGUAUAAAUUUGUACAAUCUUAUAUCAUAUAUAGGACAAAUUGUAUAAAUUUUGCAAAUUUAACAUUAUGGCUAGUUUUUAUUUUUUGUACUUGAUAUUUUUCAGAUACUCAUGAGCCAAGCGCUGAGGAAUGUGAUAUGAUUGUAUCUGAAAUAGACCGCACUUCAGAAGACACUAGGCGUCGCAAACAGGUAUAUUGUUUUUCAACCAAGUAUAUUUCUUUCUGAACAAUUCCUUCUUGGCAGACAAAUGCAUAUAUAAAACACGAAUUUUUUACGUCUGUAUGCUCAACAUGAAUAAGUAGAACAUUAUCCUUGUGUAACUAACGUGUUUUUCAACCUCUGCUACAGUAUAUAUAGACAUUACUAGACAUGGGGUAAUGAAUUGUUUAAUGUCGAUAAUGUGCUUGAUUUACACUGUACAAUUCAAGUUGAAAGCAGGUUGCAUGCAAUGAGUGAUGCAACAGUUUUAGGCAAACGUUGUAAAUCGGCCUUUACAGGUGACGACAUGAACAUUUACGAAAUCACGUAGUGACGUUUAUAUAAUUAUAAGUCAUCAGUAACAAAAUGGGGACUCUAAAGCCGAUAUCUUAAUCAAGAAAACGAGGCUCUAUAGCUAAGGCAAAGUACUUUCCACAAGCUUCUAUUAAGCGGAAUCCAUUGUGAAUAUAUGAUUAUUGACUUAAUAAAAUAAAUUAUUUUUAGCUGGAACUUGCCGCUCUACUUGUUAAAGAAUCUGAUGAAGGUUAGGAAAGUUUUUACUGUCAUGUACUGUAGUGCUGUGUGGUGUGUAAUGUUCUUAAUUUAUUUAUUUUCCAACACGGCCACUCCUUAACAGGAAGGAUUGUCUGUCGGAGAAUAUAUGAAAGAUUAUACACUGUAGUAUAAUAUGUUCUAUAGCGCAUCCUAUCAGUUCAGUAGAGUGUCCUAUGCAGAUAAAUGUUUCUUUAGUUUAGUAAAAAUAAAUUAACCAACCACAAAAAAAUAACCAACCAUAAAAAAAAUAACCAACCAUAUUGCUCUAUUUUGGUCGUAUGGUGAAACUAAUUACCUGGUGAAAUAUAUUUCACCUAAUCUUAGGGCUGAAUCAUAAUUACUUCACUUCCAAAGAUUUGCAUGGAAGAAUGAGAUGUCGUGCAUGCGCUCCGGUUUCCUCCCACAGGGAAAGUUGACAGAGUGGGUUAGGAUAAACAUACUUAGGAAAGUAAUAUCACAAUUGUUCUAAAAAUAAAUAGUCUAAGCUUACACAGGAAAAAACGCCUAGCCUGUAACAAUGUUGUUGAAAACAGGCCUGAACAAUAUUUUGCUAUUUUUCAUUGUUAACAAUAUUGUUCAGCAUUGUUCACCUGAACAAUACUGAACAAUAUUGUUAACAACCAGGAACAAUAUGAGCAGCAAAAUAUUGUUCAAGCUUGUUUUCAACAACAUUGUUACAAGCUACACGGCUAAACACGAUCAGAUUGUUGCAAUAUUGAUGAAAACAGGAUUGAUAGCCACUGAAAAGCCCCGAUAGGGAGUGAGUUGUAUAAUCAUAACUUGUGCCAAAUGGAGUGAAAUCACGUGCUGAAAUAUUCCAGCUGACAAUCAAACCCAAGGGCCAAGGUCUCUGGUAUAGCGUUUCAGCAUUCUGUCCACGGAGUUAUCACGUUUUCAGCACAAGUGAUUCGACUCAUUUUGCAAUAAUUAAGUUAAUCUUCAUACUGCAUUGCCAAGGACAACGAGCAAAACUGAGUAUUGCGUACACCUGUCAUUAUAUUUUCUAAACCGUUUCUUUUUUUUAGAUUCCAUUAUAUCUAUUACUCACACCAAAGUGCCUCGUGAUUCUCCUGUCAAUAUAUCCCAGAAUGGCACAAACAUUAAACAUGACCUAUCCAGUGAUUCAUCUGAUUCAUCGUUGCAUUUUUCAAGACCGACAUGUUUUAAUAUCGCGAUGUGGAUUGGUUGUAUUAUGACGUUAUUGUUUUCUUCACUGCAUACAGUGCAAUACGUAAACAGGUGUGUUUUAAGUACGAGUCCAGAAAGUGAAGCCAAGUAUGGAGCUAUUGGACGUCAGUUUCAGUCCCUUUCUAUUGUUUUUGUUUGCGCAAUCAGACACGAAGCUGCAAGAAGUGUGUCGAAAUUUCGUGCUUUUACUUCGAUUUAAAAACUAAUACUAUGGUUUUAUAAACUGGUAACUUGAUUAAGCGAUACGGUCCGUUAGAAAAUACUGGAAUUACUUUAUAUUAUUUAUAUUUAUUAGUAUUAAAACUGUUUACGACCUUCGUAUGUAUUGGACGUCUAUUUCCGCCAUCUUGGCUUCACUUUUCUCAUAGGCCGAAUGACUGAAGUCCUUACUCCAGUCCUUGCGCUAUUAUAUAUAACUGCGUAUCCCCCCCCCAUCACAUGCACCUCUACCCUAGUGCUGCCCAAUAAUGUACGUAAAUUGUUACUGUAUAUUGUCAUGGGAGAAUUUUGAACAAAAAACUUUCCGAAAACGCUGCUUAAUCUAUGCUCCUUUUCAUCAUGCAGAUUCGAUGAUGUGACCGUAAGAUGCUACAAACAAUCUGUAUUUUGGUCAUUAUUCAUUUCAGUGUUCAUAUCUCAGCCACUUCAGGUAAGAGACUAUAUAUAGGGUCUCUCAAAUAUGUUUGAAAUAAAUAAACUUAAUAAUAAUCUUGAUUAUAAUAAUAAUCAUUAAUAAUAAUAAUCUAAUAAUCUUGUAAUUAAGAUAGUUAUAAUAUUUAUUCAUUACUAACCAUCUAUUAUAUAAUAUAACAUUUAUAUAGCUAGUACCCGAGCAUUGAUUGGUCUACAGUAUAACUCAUGCAUGUAUGGAUAAAACAAUUUUAACAAUUUUUUUAAUCGAAAAUAAAUGUGUGCAUGCAAAUAGUAUUUUUAUAACAACAAAAUUAAGUCAAAUUGGGAAUUCUCAGGGAAUUCUCAGUUUAAAUAGAGGAAAACAUGACAAUUUAUGGUCAAAUUGACGAGAAUAUAUUGAUAGCAUACCAUGUAAGAUUAAGAAUCACUUCAAAACUCUGAAAGUAUUCAUGUAAACAACGAAGCGUUAGCUAAUAAUAAAUUUUCUAAUUUUAAAAAAUACUUGUGGUUUAUAAUAUACUAUUUUCAAACUAACAUAUCCGCCUAGUGUAUCAUCAAUAGCUGUAUUAACCAAACCGCUGCAUUCUUCAUAUUCCAGGCUCUAUUUAUCACCGUUAUUCAAGCGAUGCGCAGACAUUUUAUGUUUCAUUCCCCAAUAAUCGACGAACUGGGUCAGGAAAUUGAAGAUGAUGUGGUUCUAGAUGAUUCGAUGUUUGCCUCUUUUACGGAGAAGAAUUUCGAAGAUGUAAGUUUUUUCCAGUUUUUAAUAAUUUUAAAUGCGACCAAAGACGUUCCCGUAUAUAUAGCAACAUGUCUACUAGCAGGGGGUUUCAUGCAAAGGUUUCGAUCGCGUAACCAGGACAGGCUACUAAAAACAGGUUUACUUCCUCUGUCUUACUGGCACGAGUACCUGGGGUUGGUGUAUAAUUAAAUUGAAUGACUCUCGGAUUAGUAUAUAUUAUAGUAUCAAACGAUCGUAUCACCAGGCGCGCUACAACUAACAGUGUAACAUUCAAAAUUUACAGAGUUAACACUUAAACCUUUCAGAACAGUUUUUUUAAUAGAGCUCCCAGAAUAUAUAACUCCCUACCACCACAUAUAUUCGAGAAGCAAGCGUUACUGUUGGACAAUUCAAGUCUUACCUGUUAACUUAUUAUGAAGCAAUGACUAAACAAAUAUAUAACAUUAAUGCUCCACAAACGUUUAAAAGUAUAUGUGUCAAGUCCAUCUUCAUCGACAUUUUUGCUGUAGAAGUUGCAUGCAGGAUAUGAAGUUUGUUUUUUGCUCGGCUAUACAAAUUCAUCUAAUGACAUCUUACCGGGAAGAAUAUAGUACAUUUCUUCCUAAUCCAAAUAUGUUGCAUAUACCAAAAAAUCGUAUUUUGGAGUUAGUGUCCCUUCCCGCUUUACAAACGGAUACUCAUCUAUAUAAAAUAUAUCUGAGCUAACCAGUGGUCUCCGGUUUUUUACUCGCAGCCUCUUUAUCGAAAGUUGUUUUGCCUCAAAUAUUUGCAACCACUUUCAAGAAAAGUUGUUACCAGGACAAGAUGUAAGGUGCAGAAGCGAAAAACAACAGUAAUAUUUUUAAGGUAAAUCACCGUUUUACUACUAUAUAUAAUAUAAGUCAUUUUUUACAGUGAGAGCAAAAUCAUUUUAUAACUUGUCAUUUUACGUUAAAGCCGGCCGUUCAAAAGAGGCUAACAUGCAUGUUGGCCCUAAACUAUUUGCCGGAUCAUGCAAGUUUGACCAUAGUCUAUUACUGUCGUUCCAAUUGAAGUGUUGCUCCAAUAUUGAUUCAAUACAUUACCUCGGGCUGACCAAUUCAUUUGAUCAAGUUCCUCGAGAUAUUCAUACACUUCCUGUGAAAGAGCCAAUUCCAAGUAUUUGAUCAUUUCUGGUCACUUCCUUUCUAUUUAUGAUUGGUUAGUUGCACAAACAACAAAUGUGAUUGGAGCAUUCAAACUAUUCAACAGGAAGUUUACAAUUAUACUAGGAAGUGUGUGAAUAUCUCGAGGAACUUGAUGAAAUGAAUCGGUCAGCCCCAGCCUAGUCCCAGUCGUUCUGAAGCAAGCGCGAGAAAAAAGUGGAUGUACAACAAGACUGGGACCUAGGUGUGACGUCACCGCUCAAGGUGCUUCAGAAAGCCUAGCAGAUUUCAGUAUUUUUAAUAUGGCGAAAAAUUUAUAUAUACAAGUAACCUUUUAAUUAUAAAUACGACAAUGUUCGUUCAUCAUGUACAUGUUCGAUGUCUACAUGACCAAAUCAAACUGUAUUAAAAAUGUGCUAAACUAAAAAAAAUUAUAUACAAAUUUACGAUACCGAGUUUGAGCAAUCGUUGAUGUUAUUUAUGUACUCGCAAGUUGUGAUCAACACUAGACCAUACUAGUAUACACAACUACGCUUUCUACUUGACAUGACGGUGUUGUCAAAACAUUCUUAGUCGGAGACUCGGCAUAAUUUUCAAUUUUAGUAAACACGAGUCAUAUUUAGCCCGUUAUUCCAUUCUGACCGGAUGGCAGCGAAACGUAGCCUACUUCAUUGUUCCGACAGCAUUAGAGCAAAACUAAUGACUCAUUAUAUAUGCAAAGGAAAUUUCCAUAACAUUUUCCAUUUACAAUUGAGGUAUGCUUGGUAACCAGGCCAGGGCCCACUUUUUUGAAAUCAGGGACCAUUUUACCGAAAUCUGCUAGGCUCUCUCGCUGAAGCGUUCCGCACAGCACACCCAGGCAUAAAACUUUUAAGACUUAUUUCAAUAUAUCAAAGCAGCGAAUAGGGAGAGAGCCUGGGAGUAGGCUGGGUCAGCCCGAGGUAAUGUAUUGAAUCAAUAUUUGAGCAACACUUCAAUUGGAACGACAGUAAGAUAUGAUGAUCUGAAAGCUGGGCAAACUUCAAAGCUACAAAAUAGAAGACCUUUGUUUGAUGUUGAACUGCAAUUACUGCAUGUACCCUCACCGUGCACAAAUCGUUCAAUAAUAUCGUCGUCCACUCAUUAAAUAUUAUUCAUCGUGGCUUUACGUUUCUUCUCAGCCAUCCCUAUUGGACGGUUACUUAAUUAUACGAAAAUACGAAAAAACAAAUUAACAUAAACUCAGACAAAAACAUAUAUUAACAAACACUUCUAUUUAGUUUCCAGAUCAUCAUAUCAGAUGUUGAUAGACUAUGGUUUGACUUCGUUUAACAUUUUCAUCCAACCAUUGUGCAACAACGCAUGGUCAUUGGCAUUUAACGAUUACGCCUGAUCAUUAAUUGGCCACGCUCCUCCAACAUUGUUCAACAUCGUCCAACAUUGUUGGUCCAGCAGUGAUGGAUGAUGCUGGACUCGUUUGAACGGGCAUUAAGUAUUUUUACGGGCAUUAAGUAUUUUUUUCAUUAAGUUUUUUUUUAAGUACUUUUAUAUUUUUUUUAUUUUUAAGGCAUUAAAAUGCCUUAAUCGCUCAAAUAAUUGGCAAUUUUGAAAACCCAGUUAUUUGAAACAUCUCUGUGUUAUAAUUCUGAUCACGAAUUGGUGUUGAUUCCAACCACAGGCUCAAUGUGUAACUAACUUUAAAUUUGUCGUAUAUAGGCUGUAUUGUAUCUAACUUUGAUCAUCAGAUCAUAAAAAUUCUACGUUUAAAAAGCCCUCGAUCGAUCAUUACUUUUUUGUAGAGAUGUUCUAAUGUAUUGCCUGUUGCUG